AUGUUAUCACCACUUGAUACACCUGAGCUUUCUUCUUCCUUUUCCAUACAAAAAGAAUUAGAACAAGAUAUUAUCGGCUAUAUAACUGCUAAGAUAAAUUACUUGAUUGGUUUUAAAUUUGAUAAAUGUAGGCAAUUAGACAAUGAAGAACUAGUUAAAAUUAGUGAUCUAUUGCGUGGUAGACACAACAAUAAAAACUUUGUAUUGGAUGUUCGGGUAACAGAAGAAAAUCCAAUGAUUAACAUAGAAAAAGUUCAAGAUUUAAAACAGCAAAAUAAAAAGUUGAAAAGACAAGGAAAGUUAGGUAGGCUAGAGGUGGAGAAAAACGUUUUGUUUGAUAAUAUUGAUAAUCCUUAUGCUUCAUAUGACUAUUUAGCAAAUGAUGAGAAUAGGAAAAGAAAAAUAGCUGAUAUUAUCACAGAUAAUGAAGAGGAACAAUUUACUCCAGCCAUUGACAAUACUAUAGUACGUUACCAAAGGAGAUUACUAAGCAAGGCCGAUUACUCGAACAUGUUAAAAGUAUUGCAUACUUGUAAAUACUUGACCUACAAAUGUUUGUUGAAGGUAUUUUGCACUGAAGGUGACGAUGAAAAAAAUGGUAAUGGAAAUGCUAAACAACUGCGUAAAGGUGUUUCUUUACAAACUUUAUCGGAUUACUAUGAUAUUACAAGGUGGCACUUUCAUCGGGUAUUCAAAUCUUUUACCAAUAUUACGAUUAAGGAGUAUGAAACUCUAUGUCUAAAUUUGAUUCAGAAAAAUCCUCAUAAUUUUAGAAUUUUUAAAGACGUUGUUUCUUGUGCUUUAUUAUUUGAUAAAAAAAGCCUAUUGAAGAUUGGCGGCGAGUAUCGGAUUUCCGACACUUUUUAUUGGGAUGAGAUUGAUGUUUUCAAAUAUAUUUCUGAUAUUAAUGAUCGUAACGACGAUGCCAACCAAUAUAAGAUUAUGCCCGGUUAUUUUAUCGAACAACAAGCUUUGGGUAUAACAUCCAAUUCUUCGAGCUACUUGUUCGACACUACAACUAGUUAUGAAAAACAAGUUGAGACUAGGAGUAGAAGAAGAAAUUUGUUAUAUUCCAAAACUAAGUUGGCUUCGAUUAAACAUGAUUUACCAAACAAAUUGAAGACAGUAGUUAAUAACACUAAUUUUGAACUCUUUAAAGCUGAAAGUCGUGAAGAAUUGGAUAAUCCUACUUUGAACAUUCAUCAAACUGAAGAGAUUAAUAGUGCUAGAAACAAAAUAAAGAAUAAGAAGAGAAAGAGCAAUAGUCCUGAAUAUAAUUAUGACAAUUCUACACCUUUUGUUUCAUUAGGUGCCAAUACUGAAAUACCAACCACGUUUAAUUCUACUGUCACUACACCCACUACUGCUGAUUCAGCAAUUACUGAUAGUGAUAGCAUUUCCUUAUCUUUGGAUUCUUCCUUUAAGUUCAUGUGUAAUUCGUAUUCCUUCCAAGUUAUUGAUCAAAUGAUGUAUGAUGAUGAUUAUUAUAAUUUCCAAAAAAACUCGCAAUUAAAAGAACUGGAGCAGCUACAGCAAAACUUGGAUGUAUCACAAGGUUUUAACAUUGCUAGUGGCUCUGGUACUAGUAGUAGUAGUAGUAGUAGUGGUACUAGCAACAAUAGCAGUAUUUUGGAUUAUGGUUCAAGAAGUAAUACAAAUUGUUUAAUAUUUUCAUCAUCUUCACCCUUUAUACCUCAAAGUAAUAAUACAAAAGCUGUUGAAGAAGAACUAAAUGCUGUUAGUAUGAACAAUGAAGAUAUUUUAAAACAAAUUAGCGUUUCUUGUAACGCUAAUAGUUUGGAUGAUAUUUCUUCUCCGCUGAACGCUAGUAACAAUAGCAAUGAAGACGACAAUAAUGAUAUCAUUACGUAUAGUCAGGAUGUUAAUUACAAAUAUAAUCAUCAUAAUGACAGUAAUUACAACAAUGUUAUUGGAUUAAAUAUUAGCGGUGAAUCUGCUAAUAAUGAUAGUAAUGAAAACAUUGAUAAUCAACUAAUAUUUAACGAUCUGGACAUUAUGUCGUUUGGUAACUUUGCAGAUGAAAAGAUGUUUUAA